AUGGCCGACGAGAAAACUCCUCUUGAGCCCCCUCCAGCCUACGAUGGCGGCAAGCGGCCCAUCACGCCGCAACGGCAGCCCGGUCCAAGACCUCCAUUGCCAUUGGACUUGCCCGCCUUGAAUAUGAUCAGAGGCAGACGAGUAAUCCUUGCAUCGGCUUCACCAAGAAGAAGACAGCUGCUCGCACAGAUCGGCCUUGCGAACCUCGAAAUCGUACCUUCUACAUUGCCAGAAGAUAAAGAUAAAUCUUUGCCUCCCUUUCAAUACGUCCUCGACACAGCCGAACAGAAAUGUCGGGAUGUUUAUACCAAGACUAUCGACGAUACGUCAAGGGGCGAGCCGACUUUGGUCCUCGCUGCAGAUACGGUAGUCGCCUCUCAUUAUGGCCAGAUUCUCGAAAAGCCACGAAACGAGAAACACCACUUUGAAGUACUGAAAAUGCUUCGUGAUCAAAAUAAUGGUUGGCACAAGGUCUACACUGCAGUUGUGGCCAUGGCUCCGCUUGAAAGCCUGAUGGAUCCGGGAUAUGCCAUGGAGACACAUGUCGAGGAGACGCAGGUGAAAUUCGAUCAAUCUGUGACAGAUGAGUUGAUUUGGGCAUAUGUCAGAACGCGGGAAGGAGCGGACAAGGCAGGGGGUUAUGGAAUCCAGGGCGUGGGAAGCAUACUGGUCGAGAAGAUUGAUGGCACCUUUGACAACGUUGUGGGCCUACCAUUGAGAGCGACCUUGCAGGUCAUCGAGAAGGUCGUGGUGGAUCCCGCUGUGCCGGAAGAGGUGGAGAGUGCGUUGUAG